AUGUUCCCUCACUCUCUGAAACCGCGGACGGCUUCGGCGGCUUCUUUACGGGCCAACACGGGUCGGUCAGGCAAGUCGGAAGACGGCUCUAAGAAGACGUCCUUCACCUACAACGCCGAGCGGGUCCUGGGAAGCGGCUCCUUUGGAGUCGUCUACCAAGCCCAGGUGGUGGAGACGGGUGAAUCGGUUGCCAUCAAGAAAGUCUUCCAGGACAAGCGCUACAAGAACAGGGAGUUGCAGAUCAUGAAGGAGUUGAAGCACCCAAACGUGGUGGAGCUGAAGCAUGCCUUCUACACCUCCGGUGAGAAGCCGGGUGAGACAUAUUUGAAUGUGGUGAUGGAGUAUUGCUCUGACACGAUCUACCGUGUCAUGAAGCAUUACAGCAAGAUGAAGCAGCCAGUCCCGCACAUCUUCGUGCAGCUUUAUUCCUACCAGAUGGGCCGCGCAUGUGCGUACAUCCAUGCAGUUGGGAUUUGCCAUCGGGACAUCAAGCCGCAAAAUCUCUUGGUGGAUGGACACACCCACGCCUUGAAGCUUUGUGACUUUGGCUCGGCGAAGCCCUUAGUACGAGGAGAGCCCAACGUGGCCUACAUUUGCUCGCGCUACUACCGCGCGCCCGAGCUGAUCUUUGGGGCCACGGACUAUGGAUUUGUGAUCGACAUUUGGUCGGCCGCCUGCGUUUCGGCCGAGCUCAUCUUGGGGCACCCCAUGUUCCCAGGCGAGAGCGGUGUCGACCAGCUGGUGGAGAUCAUCAAGGUUUUGGGCACACCGACGCGCGAGGAGCUCAUGGCGAUGAACCCCAAUUACACAGAGUUCAAGUUCCCGCAGAUCAAGCCACACCCAUGGCACAAGGUCUUCCGCUCCAGGACCUCCCAGGAGGCCGUGGACUACAUCUCCAAGCUGUUGGUCUACGACCCGAAGCUACGCCCCACAGGCCUGCAGUGCUGCACCCACGCGCUUUUCGAUGACCUGCGCGACCCCAACACGUGCGCACACCCGAUCGCGGUCAGAGGCGGUCAGGAUUUUGCCCUGCAACAGCUGAAGUGGGGAAUGGGAUCGCGUGGGCUUUGCGGUCCCGAAGCUAGAUAG